AUGUCUUACUCAUCGACGGCAGUUCGUUUCUUCACUUCUCCCAAACCACUUGGGGCUGCGAUGAACUCCGAAACCGCAAAGCAGCCUGGGUCCGAGCCCCAGGGUCACACGGUCGUUAGACCGACUGAACACGCUGGGGGCGAGCCGGUCGAACCACACACGCCAAAAACCCAAGGCUUGACCUUUGCGAACCAGGAGUCACUCCCAAAACUACCCAUCCCGAGCUUGGAGGAUACAUGCCGCCGCCAUCUUGAAUCGCUUGCCGCGCUACAGACGCCCCGCGAACAUGAGGACUCGAAGGCAGCCGUAAAGGACUUCCUGAAAACAGACGGACCACUGCUACAAGAACGACUGAAAAACUAUGCUUCCUCCAAAACUAGCUUCAUCGAACAGUUCUGGUACGACUCUUACUUGAAUUUCGAUAGCUCGGUUGUCUUGAAUCUCAACCCUUUCUUCCUGUUGGAGGACGACCCCACUCCGGCUCGCAAUCACCAAGUGACUCGAGCUGCGUCGCUGGUAAUUUCAGCUCUUUCAUUUGUACGCGCGGUGCGGAGGGAGGAGCUACCUCCGGACACAGUGCGCGGGACACCCCUCUGCAUGUACCAAUACUCCCGGCUUUUUGGAACGGCCCGUCUGCCAACCGACAAUGGCUGCGUUAUCAGUCAAGACCCUGCCGCCAAGCACGUCGUCGUAAUGUGUCGGGGACAGUUCUACUGGUUUGAUGUCCUCGAUGAUAACAGCGACUUGAUCAUGACUGAAAAGGAUAUUUCACUCAAUUUGCAUGUUAUCAUCGAGGAUGCCGCGCAGACGCCCGUCCAGGAAGCUGCCAAAGGAGCCUUGGGUGUCCUCAGUACGGAGAACCGCAAGGUAUGGUCGGGACUUCGUGAUAUCAUGACUAAGGAUUCGGAAUCAAACAACGCCGAGUGUCUCAAUAUCGUUGACACCGCUUUGUUCAUGUUGUGUCUCGAUGACACGGAGCCUUCGACCACCGCAGAGCUCUGUGCUAAUAUGCUCUGUGGUACCAGUGAGGUGAUCAAAGGCGUGCAGGUUGGCACUUGCACUAAUCGAUGGUAUGACAAGCUGCAGAUAAUAGUUUGCAAUAACGGCAGCGCUGGUAUCAACUUCGAACAUACUGGUGUCGAUGGUCACACUGUCCUGCGCUUCGCUAGUGACUUGUACACCGAUACCAUUCUCCGUUUUGCCAAAACCAUCAAUGGUCAAGCACCGAGUCUAUGGGCAACAACCAGCCCGGACCCAGCUAAGCGUGACCCCCGCAGCUUCGGAAAUGUCAGCACUACGCCUCGCAAGUUAGAAUGGGAUAUGACGCCGGAGCUCAACAUCGCCCUUCGUUUUGCCGAAUCACAUCUCUCAGACCUUCUCCACCAACAUGAGUUCCAAGUCCUCGACUUUGAAGGCUAUGGAAAGAAUUUCAUCACUUCUAUGGGCUUCUCUCCAGACGCCUUCGUUCAGAUGGCAUUCCAAGCCGCCUACUAUGGUCUCUAUGGCCGCGUCGAAAACACCUACGAGCCCGCAAUGACCAAAUUCUUCCUUCACGGUCGCACCGAAGCCGUCCGUACCGUCACCCCCGAGGCCUACGAAUUCGUCAAGACCUUCUGGGGUGAGAAUCCUGUCGAGACUAAAAUUGAUGCCCUGCGCACUGCCGCUCAGCGCCACACGGCGAUCACAAAAGAUUGCUCCAAGGGCCAAGGCCAGGACCGCCACCUCUAUGCACUCUAUUGCCUCUGGCAGCGCUCUUUCGAUGAGGGUUUCUUCCAGGAUUCCAGCUCGACGGGUGGAUACUCCAGCCCCAGCGACGGGCUGGACUCCCCAACCUCCCAGCCGUCCGAAGAUGGCUACUCUUCUCCAAAUGGCAGUAGCAUCCGCGCAAUGCGCAGCGCAACACCGCCCACACCAGCGAUCUUCAGCGACCCGGGCUGGGAUAAGAUCAACAACACCGUUCUCUCAACCUCGAACUGCGGCAACCCAUGUUUGCGCCACUUUGGGUUCGGCCCUACCUCCGCGGACGGCUUUGGCAUAGGCUACAUUAUCAAGGACGAGUCUAUUUCCUUCUGUGCCUCGUCGAAACACAGACAAACCUCCCGCCUGAUGCAAGCCCUUGAAUCAUACCUCUUCGAAAUGCGGAAGCUUCUCCGCGCGUCGAAUCGCAAGACGUCGAGUCCGAGAACAAGUCGGGCGCGUGAGACGGAGGCAUUGGCUGAGCGGUUGCAGAGUGAAUCGCAGCGUCGGGGACGCAUUGUACGCCCUGGUGCGGGCGGAGCCGAGACGCCCACUACGACGACAGAUAGCGCCGAGAUUGAGGAUGACGGCAUGGGUGGAUAUGGUUUCUUCGAUGCGGGUAUGCUUCUUCACGCGCUGAAGGGCGUUAAUGCGGAACGUGAGCAACGAGGCGAGAAGACGGAGAGAAAGAAGUUUGUCGGCAAGAAGCUCCAUUUGAAUGAAUACUAA